AUGAAGCAGGACGAGAAGAGCGAAGGGACCGGGGCGUCCUGCAGCUCCCCGAGCGACAACUUCAGCAGCAACUCCUCGGGCAGCGAGAGCGCGCAGGACACCACGGACCGCUCCUCCUCGUCCAGCGGCAGCGGCCCGCACGAGAGCAGCGGCAGCGAGUCGAGCCAGGAGUUCGUCAUCGGCGCGGACGGCCGUGUGCCCUUCGGCGGCAAAAUGGACUUCUCCUUCCGCUGCUGGCCCUCCGCGGUCGCCGCGGUCGCAAACAGGGACGCGUUCGACCUCGCGCACUUCGUCGCCGACUGCAAAAGCGUCAUGAAGGUGCGCGCGAAGGAGCUAGCGUACAGCACCGGCGAGACGUUCUGGCUGCAAGCCAACGCGGCGCCGCGCUGCGCGCUGGAGCAGCUCGCUCUGCUGGUCUUCGAGGCGCACACGGACACGGCGCGCUUCGACGCGGCCUCGAGCGGCGUCGAGUUCUGGACGGUGUGCAUCAAGUCGGACGACGCCGUGGGGUGGCACUGGGACAAGGACUACGACAUGGAGCAGGACGGCGUGAACGUGUGCCCGCACCUGGGCACCGUGACGUACCUGACCGAGGGCGGCGCGCCGACCGUGGUGCUGGACCACACGGCCCCGCUCACGACCGAGUCCUCGUGCCAGGGGUCGGCCAAGCGGGCGUGGAUCAGCUGGCCGAGCGUCGGGAAGCACAUGUGCUUCGAUGGCAGAUAUCUGCACGGCGCCGCGCCGGAGCUUGCGGGCGCCGUGUCUCCCAAGGCCGGAGAAGAGCGCGUCACCUUUCUCGCGAACAUCUGGCUCAACCACACCCCCCGGGGAGCCAAGCGGCUGCCCAAGGAGCGCGCCGCAACACUGACCCCCCCCGGGGCCUUCGCCGCCGGCAAGAACGCGUCCAAGAAGCUGAUUCAGCGCCCCGGCCAGAUCUCCGUCCUGCACCAGCUCGUCGGCGAGCGGCGCGCCUCGUCGGGCCGCAGCAGCGCGGGCCGAUUGGUGUGGCGGUUUGGGGAGGUGCGGGGCGUGGCGGGCGCGCAGCAGCCGGUGGUGCACACCGUGGACUUGCCGCUCGCGGCGCAGGACGUCAAGGCCGCGGUGGACGAGGUGGGUCGGCAGUGGGACCAGGGCAAGAAGCGCAGGGGGGACAAUUACCUGCGCGAGGAGGGGGGGAGUGCGGAUUUCCUGACGGGGCUGUGCGUCGACUUCGAGAAGUGGGGCGGCGUCUCCGGGCGCAUCGCCGUCGACAACGGCCGGGGCGAAGACGAGGGCCAGCGAGGGCCGAAGCGUCGGCGCAAGGCCUGA